UAGUUACUGUCUCUCUAUAAACUCUCAUGUCUUUUAUCCAACAAUUAAACUAUAUACACAAAUUAUUGUUAGUUUAUAUAGCUGUUAUGAUUCUAUGUAACUUCCAAUUAUGACAUAGAAACAUAGUGACUAGAUGUUCUCAUCAUUAACAGUGUGAAAAUCUAAUUUAUUCUACAAAACUUAUACUAAACCUAGAUAAUAUUUUGUCACAAAAGUGUACAUUUUUCUAACUUUUAAGAGAAAACAAGGAAAUUCAAUUUCCUUUCUCAAUGGUUUACUUCCUUCAAAAGUAGUUAUUCAUCUGAUAACUACAUGUUUAGUAAAACAGAUCAUUGUCAGAUGACUAAAUAUCCAAAUCUCCAUUGGAGGAGAGUUGGGAUAUAAAAGAGGGAUAUGCACCAAACCCCAUGCACGUCGUCCAGUAUCCUCUUCUAUUUGAAUUGUGUGCCAUACUGCCUGGGAUUGGAACUUCCACCCACCGGACAGAAUUGUUAUAAGACAAGUUAAUACUGAGAUGCGAGAUAUUAAUACAGAAUGGAGAGGAAACAGAAGAGUAACCCAUUCGAUUCAGCUGGUGUUUUCUCUCGUGCGUUUUUUUGUUGGCUUUUCCCAAUAAUAAUCAAAGGAACGAAGCGAUUUUUAAAAGAAGAAGAUUUGUACGAGACUUCAAAAUAUCACACUUCGGAGUAUCUUGGAGAUCUACUUCAGAAAGAGUGGAACAAAGAACUACAGAAGAGAAAACCAAGCAUACUGAAAGCUUUAUUACGAUUUGUUGGAUGGCAAUACUUAAUAAUAGUGUUCCUUUUACUUAUCCAGGAAACAGCCGUAACUGCAGGCCAAGUAUACUUAUUGGGAUUAAUAGUACAUUACUUUGACAACACACUGCAAUGGAAUCAACACAAUACAUAUGUAAUAGUUGCAGGAUUCUUUUGCAUAGUUUUGAUUCACUUGUUUACAAGUAAUACUGUUGGCUUUCUAUCAGAAUUAUACGGAAUGAAAUUAAAGGUAGCUUUUUGCACUGUUAUUUAUAAAAAGGCUAUUAGGUUAAGUCCUUCGUCUCUACUGAAGUCGAAUGUAGGACAGAUGGUAAAUCUUCUCGCAAAUGAUGUCAGCAAAUUUUAUAAUUCAUUGCUGUACAGUGUGUACUCGUGCAUGCCAGUAUUCUGUUCCAUUCUCUUUAUGCACACUCUUCAUGCUGUCUGAAAAUGAUUCAAUGCACGGCUAUACUUUGCUAAAAUUGAUUGAUAAACAUGCCAAAAAGCAACUAAUGUGCUGGAACAAUUGCAUUUGAUGUCUGCUUUCAUAUUUAUUGCAAAUACUCGGAUAACGUAUUAUAGGAAUAUUUA